GCGAACGUCUGGACACUGGGCCGCUAAACUUUACAGCAUCCGCUUCCCUUCAUUUUUCAAUUCCUUGUUUCGCACACGAUCAUGCUUCGCAAAAUGCUCUUCGCACUCCUCGCGUGCGCCGUGACCUUCUCGAGCGCGCUCACGCAGCGCGACGUCGAGACUGCCAAAGGCCUCCUCCGACAAGUCGCGGGGCCCAUCAACUCGAACCAGUUUCUCCAGUUUGCCGGACGCAUGCUCCAGCUCUGGUUCCACGAUAUCGACACGUUUGGCGCUGUCGCCAACGGCGGCCCCAACGGCUGCGUGAACGCGCAGUCGGGCGCCAACGCAGCGGUCCUCGGCGUCAUCUCCUCGAUCAACCAGAUUCACCGUCAAAUGCGCGGCGUCAUCUCCAAGGCCGACCUCUAUGUGCUUGGCGCGUCGGUCGUCAUUAUGGACUCGAUUCCGAAGGGGUCGCCUGUCGGUAUGGACCUGCUCGGGAACUUCAUGACGGGCCGCCCCGACAAGGCGGUGUGCGACCUGCAGAACGUCUUGCCGAACCCGACGGGCGCGAUUUCGACGGUCCAGCAGGCCGUCUCGCAGCGUCUCGGCUUGACGAAGGCCGAGACCGUCGCGCUCAUGGGCGCGCACACGCUGGGCGGCGCGCAUACGUCCAUCUCGGGCUUUACCGGGCCGUUCGACGACACGCCAGCUGUCUUUGACAAUGUCUACUACACAUCGUACUUGACCAAGCAGUGGAUCAAGCGCCAAGGGCAGUCGGGCGUCUUCUGGGCCGCCAACGACAACUCGGGCACGAUCCGCUUCAACGUCGAUAUGGCCCUCGCCAUUGACACGGCCCGCUGCCGUACGAACCAAGGCUGCCCGCUCCAGCCGCAGGGCACCAUGGACUGGAUCAAGCUCUACGCGUCGGACGCUGCGCAGUGGCACCAGAACUUUGCCUCGGCCUUCCAAAAAGUCAGCGCCAACGGCAUCCGCGGCCUCGUGCCCGUCACGCAGCUGCGGGCCUAAGUGUCUUCGCCACCUGGACGCUUGACGUCCACGUACUUCUACAGUAAUUCGAGUGUUGUAUAUUGUCCUU